CAUAGUACAGAAGCGGAUCCCAUCCGACAUAAUAAAAUUACACUUAAAUAAAAACGCAAACCGAUAUAAAGCGAACGAAGUCAUCAUUUAUGAGAGACUUUAUCUUCUGGUUUUUGACGUGCGAUGAUUUAAUUUGUUUUAUUAGUGAGGUGCUUUGUGUUGUGAUUCUAACGUUAGGAAUCCCGUUGGCCGGUUUCAUCAAUUACAAACGCGUUCGUCGCAAUGUGUGUCAGCGAGCGGUAAUUCCUUUCCAACGUUAAUAUUAUCAAAACUGAAUUAAUGAGUCACGAAGCUAUCAAAGGGAUCCCAUCAGCGUGACGAAAGUUGUCACAUGAAAUGAGGAUGUUAUUGAAAUGGAAUUUCAAAUUGAUGCAUUCAGCCAAAAUUUUGGGAUGACAAAGUGAACCAGUAUGUCACAGUCGGCCCUAGGUGUGUCUGCCGGUGAGCGGAGGUACUCCGUACCCUCACAGCCUAUGAUGCAGGAUCCAAGGGGAAUGCAUUCAGAAGAUCUACACGCCUGGUCCAUAUACAGGCAAAACUUAAACUCCGAUUUCACUGACAGUGCCUUAGGCAGUACCGAUAAAAGUCCUCUACCGUACGGAAAUUUCCAACUUCGCGAUACUACAGUACAGUCUAUCCUUUCACAUCCCAGAUAUGGACCUAAGUCGGCUCUUGGAUCUAAUAUGUAUACAUAUCUUAAGUUCGGAUUGCCACGUGUUUUUCCACCGAAUCACAAUGGAUCACAACGAUCAGGGACACCGAAGCCCAAAACAUCGAUUGGAAGCGGAAUGAAAUCCGUUCCAAGAAUUCAAAGACAACCUCGUGGUGCCAGAGAAAACUCCUCCGGAUAUGAUAGCUCCGAUAACGAGACGUCAACCAAUUAUAAAUACAGUCGCAAGUAUCGAUCGGACCCCGAUUUUAGAAUGCAAAACCUACAUCCAUCCUAUCAGCAUGCGACUGGAGUUCCCCUAGUGGCGAUGCAGCAAGCAGGAAUACGUGGCGAGUCUCAUUGGACCAGCACAAGAAACAAGUCAGUGAGUGAGGCCAACCUGCUGGGGAUAGACUCGAGACCCACUCGGACCUACGGCCAUCGGAGAAGUAGUGUCGUGGAUUACGUGCCCGACAAUGACCACCAAAGUUAUCUCAUGCCGUCCUCUCACCUCGGAGGUCGAAUGUCCAAAGCAGGGAGUCAUAUGUCCUUAGCUCACUCCAGGAAACAUUCAACUCUCCGACCUGGUGAUCAUUUAGAUGGAUACACGCAUUCUGCAUACAUCUAUCCUAAUUACUACGUAAAUAACUUAGAAAUAACGUCGCCGGAAAAUAAAUCGACGCUACUUGUGUCGGGGCUCAGUUUCGAAGUGAAAUCUGGCGAAAUAUUAGCAGUGCUGGCGACAUCACACCAGGAAGCGACUGGCUUACUGGACGUACUGGCUGGAGUCAGGAAAAAGCUGUCGGGCGAUAUAAUCCUGAACGGUCAGCCGGUGGCGUCGUCGACUCUCCGUAAGGUGAGCGCGUACGUCCGCUGCGACACGUGUCUGUGCGGGGCCAUGUCCGUGGAACACACGCUGAGGUUCCACGCCACGCUACGAGCUCCCCGACACCGACACGCCAAGAUGGACGACAGGGAGCGGAUAAACCUACUUAUCGAGGAGUUAGGUCUGGAACAAGUAAGAGACACUAAUGUAGAGCGACUGACUCGCUCCGAGAUCAGGCGGUUGAAUGUGGCGUGUCAGCUGUUGCUAGACACGGCGGUCCUCAUACUCGACCAGCCGACAAAGGAGAUGGACAUCUUCGACACUUUCUUCCUGGUGGAGUACUUGAGGAACUGGGCGAGCACCGGACGUGUCGUCAUAAUGUCCCUACAUCCACCCACUUACGAAAUAUUUGCUAUGUUAACUAAGGUGGUGCUCAUCUCCGCGGGUCGGACGAUGUUCAGCGGCUACAGAAGGGAUAUGUUGCCAUAUUUCGCCUCCAUAGAUUAUCCGUGUCCCGCCUAUAAGAACCCUUCUGAUUACUAUCUGGACCUGGUGACCCUGGACGACCUGUCGGCGGCGGCCAUGUUGGAGUCGUCAGGUCGUAUCGAGUCGCUGGCCGGAGUGUUCUUGGGCGCGCACUCCGCCCCCGAGCCCCCGCCCCCCGUCCCCCUGCCGGCUCCUGUCCGCCGAGCCAACGUCCUCGUCCAGGUGUUCGCUAUGCUGGAAAAAUCGUUGCUGUACACUCAAAUGACGACGUUGUCAAACGUAAUUACAAGAAUUCUUAUAGCAGCCAUCAUGUCGAUCGUCACGGGCGCCGUGUUCUGGGACCUGCCCUCCACCGACCCCAAGUUAACGCUCAACGACCGCGUGGGGUUCCACUACUCGGUGAUGUGUGUGUCGCUGUUCCCGUGCCUGGUGUGGUCGUGUCGCGAGGCGGCCGCGGCCCGGCCUCACGUGGAGAGAGACAUCGCCGUGGGGCUUUACUCACGGACGCUGUUCAUACUGUUCGAUCAAUUCAUGGAGUUGUGGUCGGCCACAUUGACGUGGUUGGCGUAUUUAGUCCCGAGUUACGCUAUGAGCGGUCUGUACGCGCAGACCGCGGGCUCCUUCGACGGGUUCUACAUUUAUUUAGGUUAUAUGUUGUUGUACCUAAUAAGUACUCAGAUGUUGUGUCGCGCGGCGGUGUUUGUCGUGCCGAAGGAGAAGUCUUCCGCCGCGUUGGCUUGUUUCUGUUUGUUCCUAACAACUCUCGUGAACGGCGUGACGCUGCACCAGCUCGACUUACCCUUUUACGUCAAAUGGUUGGAAUACGUGUCGCCUUCGAAAUGGACAAUACCGGAGAUAUUGAGGCGGGAACUGAGUGACGUCGCGCUGAGAUCUAGUAUAAGCAAGGAUUUGAGAUGUACAAAUAAACAGCGACAGCAUCUGGAGAUCAUAGUCCAGUCGUCGUGUCCGCUGCCCAACGGCACCCAGGUGCUAUCGAACUUUGACUUCCUCCGCUCAGAUCACAUCUGGGAGUGGACCGAGGACAGUUUCCUCGUGGCUUUGUCUAUUUUCUAUGCGGUUUUCGCUCUAGUCGCCAUAUUUGCGUUUGUUUUCGAUUGUACCGACUACGUCAGGAGUAAGGAACGAGCGUCGCGGAAAGGUUACAAAGUGACCGCCAACACGCCCUAGGUUACAUAUCAUAUGAAGCUGAUUUGGUGCUAUUUUAAGUAGACGAAACGUGUUAGAGUCUAGGAUUAAUGAGUGAUGCAAAACACUUGUAGUAAUAGUUUUUAUGAUCUACAAAACUGGUUAGAACUGGUUAAAACGGGCUCUUCAUUACGUACACGAGGUGCGAGUUGAAUUAUAUCUUUCUUUUAUUAUUAAAAGAAAUUAUAUGAUAUCUAUGGCUGGCUACCAGAUAAUAUACAAAACUACACCGCGUACUUCAAAAUAUUAAUACUAUAAAGACAUUUAAAAACAAUUAAUUCAAUUGAUUCGACGAAAUAAUUCAAUACAGAAACAGACAAAAGAAAAUAGGUCGUGACGUUGCUAGAUAGGUAGACAAAAUUAUUAUUUUAUUCUUAAUGUCUAUGAUAACGAUUCCACGUUAUUUUUAUCAGCGAUAUAUAGACCAUAGACAAGAUAUAUUUUACUCGUCGCCAAUCGAAAGCAUCAACCAGGUGCUCGCGGUCAUAAUAUUAUAGUUAAACUAUUCUUCUAAUAGUAACACGUUUAUUUUAUUCGAUGUACAAAAUUAUAUAUAAUAGAUAAGAUUCAAAUAAAGAAGGCUGAAUAUUGAACGUCUUCCGUCCAUAAUAGAUGUAAGGUGGCUUAAUAAGUACAUGCUGUAGGUGUUUACUGGUAUUUGAGGGCUUAUUAAUUAUUUUAAUGUUAAAACUAAUAAACGUCCAUUUUGACUUGAUUUUUAAUGUAUCUGCUCAAUUUAACCGCGGUGCUCAUUUGAUACAUGAUAUAUUUUCAUUACUGGCAACUAAACGAAUUAUAUGUGAGGUUGAAUAAUUUUUAAUUUGAACCAAUUAUAUGGAAUUUGUGUACACAUAAGAUGUUGUUAGGACUAAUUGGCUAUUUUUUUUUUUUUUGUAACUGUAAAUACAGUAAGUGACCUUAAUUGUAUGAAUUUAAUGUUAUUUUGAUUAAAAGAACACUGCCUUUGGAAAAUGCUCAUCAAAAUUAUCUUUUAAAAAGUUUUAUAAUCGAAUAACUAUUAUAAAUUUUAAUUUUUUCCUUUUGAGGAAUCAUAAAAAUUUACAGGUCGGAAGUUUAAAUGUAAUAAAAUAUUUAUUGAUUAUGCAUGUAUUGAUUUCUUUAAUUUUAAUUAGUUCAUAAAAGGAGCCAUAAUAUUAGAGAAUAUUGUUAAGUUACCUUUUGCUUACAAUUAAAUAAUAUGAUACAAUAAAAUCAAAAUAGAUGAACGGUGUUG